AUGAUACUUCAACAAUCAAUACUACACAAUGAGGACGAGAAGGAGCAAAUAAGAAGGGACUUUGAUGUUUUCAGUAUUGAAGAAGUACGUUCUUGUGUGCAUAUACUAGUUAAAUAAUGAAUUGAGAGUUCAAAACAAUCAAGAAUUGUUGAGAAAAGUUCAUGAUUUGUUUUUUGAUGUCAAGGCAGAGGACCAAGACCUCUACUAUGAAGAAUUGCACUCGUAAAUGCAAGACGAAUACGAAGAGGUCGCCUCAAAUUACAAGGCCAUUUCCAAUUCCUAUUUGAAACUCAUUCCUCAAAGCGACCUCCAAUUGGCUCAGAAUUACACAGACCAGUAACAAUGCAGCAUUAAUUAGAUAUCCAUUCUUAGGAAUCAGAAAACAACUGUUACUAUUUUAAAAGAAAAUAUCCCUAAUCGCAAAUAAGAUUGUUACCAAUACGACAUUUGAAAUCAUAACGAUCUUCAUCAUCAUAUUCAAUUCGGUUAUGCUGGCCAUGGAUGAUCCCACAACUGAAGAACAAACUGACUUUGCCAAUUUGAUGGAUCAAAUAUUUUUAAUCUAUUAUACUAUUGAAGCAAUCUUAAAAAUCAUCGCAUAAGUAACUUUUACCCCAAUUAAACUAGGGCUUAAUAUGGCCGAAGAAAGCUUACCUGAGAGAAACCUGGAACAUCCUGGAUUUCUCAGUCAUCAUCACUGCCUACUUGCCCUACUUCGUCUCAUCUAACUCAUUAAAUCUCAAUUCUUUACGAUCCUUUCGAGUGUUAAGGCCACUCAGAACCAUAUCCUCCAUAAAAUCUCUGAGAAUGAUUCUCCUGGCUUUGUUCGCAUCCCUGGCAUAACUGAGAGACGCCGCGAUAGUAUUAAUUUUCUUCUAUACUAUCUUUGCCAUUGCUGGAGUGCAACUGUUUUCAGGAUAUCUGAAGCGUCGUUGUUUCAGUGACAUCGGAAUCACCCUGACGACUUCAAUUGAAAAAGAUGCCUUUUGUACAGCUGACUCAGACUGUCCAACUGAUUAUCUUUGUGGAAAAUAAACCAGCAACCCUCAGAACGACCUCAUCAAUUUCGAUACCUUCGGUUGGGCAUUUCUGCAAGUCUUUGUUAUCACCACACUUGAAGGAUGGGCUCAAAUCCAAGAAGCAGUAAUUCUCACCUUCUCUCAGUUUGUUAUCUUCUACUUCUUACUAGUGGUAAUAGUGGGAGCCUUCUUCCUCGUGAAUCUGACCUUGGCCGUUAUCAAGUUAAACUUCAAACCUGAAAAGAUUGAAGAAGAACUCAAACUAAUCCAAGAAGACAUCGAAUUCUAUGACUACUGGGAGUUGAGGAGACUUGGCCUCUAUAAAGUUAAAAGGUAUAAGGUUGACACAACCAAUUACGGAGUCACUCCAUCGAAAUUCGCCAGUGCCUAUUAGAUUCGUAGACGAUCCAAGAAGCUUAACACUGUCAACUUCAAUAACAUCGAAAACAACCACAGAGUUGCAAGUCGCAAGAAUAUUGCAUUUAAAGCCAUUCAAUAGGCCAAAUACUACAGCAAAACAAUCAACCUGAAAGACAAAGUCAAACUCCAAGGAAUCUAUGGGAUGGGCAAUAUUGAUAAAGAUCAAUUGGCUGCCAACUCCAAAUUUGAUCCACUCUAGAAGUAAACCGACAAUUACUCCAUCUCCUCCAAAACCAAUGAAUAAAAAAAUAAAUCAUCUGAAAAUCUCACUCCCAGUGAGAACAACCAAGAAAAAUAAGACAAACCAUUAAAUAAAUCCAAAAAUCAAACCAUCAGCAUUUAAAGCAAGAACGGAGAUUAGGAUGAGAAUCAAAAACUUGAUGUUCCCAAUUAAAGAAAACGAAAGUCUACAUCUCAAUAAUUUUAAAAUUUUGUCAGAUCUCCCUCCAAAUACUCUAAGACUGUCAGAAUCGUCAACAAACAAGAAAGUGUGGAUCUACUCAGCAAUACAGAAUUCAGCAGCAUUAAUCUCAGCGAACUCUCUGAAGAUCAAUUAGAUACUCGACUUUAAGAGAUUGCCGUUGAUUUAGAUUAGAUUAGACUGGAAGGAACAUCGCAGACUUUGAAGGAAAAUGAAUUCAAGGAAAUGAAAACAUUGAGAAAAACAGACGCUAAGAAAAUGAAGGACUUCCUUUCAAGUGAACAAUAUGACAAUCAAUUUGAUGAGAAGAAUCUCAAACUCAAAUCAAAAUUGCAUAACAUAUAAUUCUACCCAAUCAUUAAGUUGGAGCACGAAUAAUAUACUAGCACUGAAGAAGUCCUUGAGACUAAAUACAUCAGAGAAUUGUAAUUAUAAAAACAAGAUUAGGAACAUAAAUUCAAAACCAUGAGUGUCAAAGUUUAAUAUUGUUUCAAAAAUUCCAAAUAAAUCCUAUAUAGUUAAUAGUCUCAAAAAUCUGUUGCUAAAAAGUUACAAACCACUCAAAAUUUGAAGCAAUCGAAGACCAAGAAAUUCAAAAUAUUUCAUGGUCUCAGAAGAGUCAAACCCAUAUUAGAUGAUGUGCAUCCGAUUGAAGAUUUUCUGAUGAUGUCCGAGUUAGUGGAUUCUGAAACUCGUAGAGAGGAUGACCAAGAAAUUAUUGAUGUAUAAAGCUCGCAAAAUCCGUUGAUGGACACUUUUGAUCAUUCGAAAAGGAAAAAGAAGAAUUUACUCAAUCUAAAGCAAGAACUGACUUAUCAGGAAUUGCAAUCCUAUUUUAAUGAUAGCAAUGAUUGCAUUGUGGAUCUUAAUAAAAACAAUACAGUAAUUAAAGAAAUAGAACAAAACAACAAAAAUAUCUUUUUAUCAUAUCAUGAAAGAGAGGCAUAAAGAGCAGUGUUUUAUCAUGAUUAUUACGAAAUAAGGAAGAAGGACACUUUAUCAAAUGGAAUCAUCUAAGCAAUAUCCUCAAUUGAAGAUGUCUUGUUGGUGUCAGAUUAUACAUUUUUUGAUUAAAAGUUUGCAACCUAAAUGAAUUCAGUAAUGAAGGCCAUGAAUUAUGAUGAUAAUGCAUAUUUCAAGUGGAUUAAAGGGUUUACUGGUUUAUUAUUGGUAAGUUAAAGGAAUUUAUACCAUUUAGUGUAAUCAAGCUAUUUUGAGGGGAUGAUGAAUUUAGCAGUGGCAUUAAACACUUUGAUUUUGGGUUUGGAUGGAUUGAUCUCAGAGGAAAGCAAUGCACUUCUGAUCCAAUUCAAUUUUACAUUCACAAUUCUAUUCACGAUCGAAUUGGGUUUGAAGUUGAUGGCAUUGGGAGCAAUAAAUUACAUGAAAGACACCAUGAAUAUCUUUGAUGCAUUGAUAGUGUGUUUGAGUUUGGUGGAGCUUUUCAUUUUGGGUGGAUCCAAUGGGAAGUCUUCGCUAUCGGCAUUCAGGGCAGUUAGAAUAUUUCGAGCAUUUAGGGUUUUAAGAGUGACAAAAUUGAUGAAAAGCUUGUAAUUCAUGGGAUUCUUAAUCAAAGUACUCACUAACUCUUUUCAAUCUUUAAUGUACAUACUGUUAUUAAUGAUUAUAUUCAUCUUUAUCUUUACUCUAUUGGGAAUGUCCUUUUUUGGAGGAUAAUUAACUUACACUCCCAGUAGAGAGAACUUCGAUAACUUGCAGAGUUCAUUUCUUGUGGUGUUCUAAGUAUUGACACUAGAAAAUUGGAACUCUCUGUUGUAUGAACUACUGUUAUAGCCGUUAAGUCCUGUGAUUACAAUGAUAUAUCUGGUCUUGUGGAUUAUGAUUGGCAAUUAUGUCUUCUUGAAUCUGUUUCUAGCUAUUCUGCUGGAAAAUUUCGAGGAAGAAUAUAAGGUGGACAAGACAGGAUUGGAAUCCGAUCUUCAAAUGAGCAAGAAUCAUUCGACCACUUAAGCAUUGCCCAAUUCCACCCUAUAACAUUCUGGAGUCAAUAUUAACAACACCUAAAACUAGUUAAUCAAUCAACCUAUUUUGAGAAGAAGGUCGUAAGUGAAGAUAACUUUUCAUCAUGAUGAGGCAAUAUAGAAGAAGAAAGAGCCUGCCUUUAUAUAUUUUAGUGAAUAAGGGAUCUGCCAAAGUUCGUUAUUUAUUUUUAGUUAAUAAAAUUAAUUCAGAAAGAUUGCAUAUCGAAUAGUCAAGGACACCAAGUUCGAAGGGUUCAUUCUCAUGUUGAUUUUUCUGACCAGCAUGAAAUUAGUAUUGGACACUUAUAUUCCCACCUCAGGAGAUUUGAAGUUCUAUUCAUUGUAAUUUGAUAUAGGAUUCGCUAUUUUAUUUGGUUUAGAAUGUAUUCUGAAGAUAGUGGCAUUUGGAUUUGCCUAAGAAGAAGCCUCCUAUUUGAGAGAGUCUUGGAAUGUCUUGGACUUCUUUAUUGUCAUAGCCUCCUUUGUAGAUGUCAGUGUAUCUAGUAUCAAUUUAAGUUUUGUAAAGAUCCUGAGAUUGCUAAGAACUUUGAGACCACUGCGAUUCAUCACUCAUAAUAAAUCAAUGAAGAUUUUAGUAAGUGCUUUGCUCUAGUCAAUCAAUGGGAUCUUCAAUGUGGGUAUAGUCAUAAUCUUAUCUUGGUUGAUGUUCGCCAUUUUGGGAGUGAGUUUGAUGAAGAACAAACUUCAUUAUUGCAAUUUAAAUGACAAUCAGACAUACUACUAUGGCAAGGAUGACUGCAUCAAUAAAUAUUAAGGAGUGUGGGAUAACAGAGAUAUAAACUUUGAUAAUGUGCUAUAAGGCAUGUUAACAUUGUUCGUAUUAUCGACCUUGGAAGGUUGGCCAGAUUACAUGUACUAUUUUAUUGAUGCCGAUGAAUCUGGGCCAAUUUUUGAUGCUCAAUUACAAUUCUCUUGGUACUUUGUGAUUUUUAUUCUAUUUGGAGCCAUGCUGUUGAUUAAUUUAUUUAUUGGUGUCAUCUUGGUCAAUUACCAUUUGGCAGAGGAGGCAUCCAGAGAUUAGAAUCUAACUUAGACUCAAAGUGAUUGGCUUGAUCUGCAGAAGUUGAUUAUCCAUUCGAAUCCCAAUAUGGCUAUGUUUUUCCCUCCUGACAAUAGUUUUAGAGCUCUCUUUUUCAAGCUGAUCAAAAAUAAGUAUUUUGACCCCUUCAUUAUGACUAUCAUUGUUUUCAAUAUCAUCACUAUGGGUUUGGCUAAGGAAGAGGCUUCAAAGCAAUACGACGAAAUAUUGAGUUAUUUGAAUAUGUCAUUCACAUUCGUAUUUAUACUGGAGGCAAUAUUGAAAUUAAUAGCUUUGGGUAUAAUUGGGUACAUGAGGAAUAGUUGGAACUAAUUUGAUUUCUUUGUGGUUUGUGCAUCUAUUUUGGAUUUGGUCCUAGAUUUUUCCGGGAAUUCAUUUGUGACAUUCUUGAAAGUGGGCCCUCAAAUUGCAAGAGUGUUUAGAGUGCUAAGAGUCACGAGAUUGUUCAGAUUGGUUAAAUAAUUUUAGGGAUUACAAAAGUUAAUUGAAACUGCUCUGUACUCACUUCCUGCAAUGCUUAAUGUUACAGCGUUGUUGUUUUUGGUGUUUUUUAUAUUCUCAAUUUUGGGUGUCUUUUUAUUUCAAGAUAUUAGAGAUGGUCAAGUGAUUAGUGAAAGUAAUAAUUUUUAGGAUUUUCAUCAUUCAUUUGAGAUAUUAUUUUAAUGCUCAACUGGAGAAGAUUGGCAUAAAAUAAUGUUCGAUACUAUGAGAGGAGGUUAAGAAUAUAAUUGUGUAUUCUUCAUCCUAUUCAUUAUCAUCUAAUAAUAUAUUAUGUUGAAUUUAUUUAUCUUGAUUAUUUUAGAUCAAUAUGAAAUAAAUUACUUUAAUUCAGAUAAUCCUCUGAAUAAGUUCUAAGAAUUUGAAAAUAUCUUUGUUGAGAGUUGGUCUAAAUUUGCGUAUCAGGACAAAGGAAUGAAAAUGCAUGGGACAUCCUUGGUUAAUUUAAUGUUUGAAAUGGAAUAACCAUUGGGUUAUGAACUCAAUAAAAGAUUGCAGGAAGACGUCUAGGAAUGGAAGAAUAUCAAUCCUGAUAACAAGGAUGCUACCUAAUUGGAUAAAUUCAAAUAGUAACUCCUUGUUGUUGCCAAAAAGAAUGUGGCCACUUAAAUAAUGAUGAUGAAUAUCUAUUCUGACUCUGACGGUUAUGUCAGAUAUCAUCAAGUCCUAUUCGCAGUGCUUAAGAAUUAUCUAUAAAAGAAAUUGAAUAUCAACCUAACUGAAAUUGGAGCUAAGAAAAUUCAAUAAAAGGAAGAUGAGACAAGACAAAAAAUUACUAAGUUUGAUACCUCCAAAUAAGAAAACCUAGUUAAUCCUAUUGUGCAAUAUCUAUUUGUGCUCAUGGCCUUCAAGGCUAUGAAGAGAUACAAAUGUAAAAAGAAAUUACAACAAUAGAAAUUGGCAUAGUUAUCCAUUGUAGGAUAGGAGUAUUUCAGCGAUGAAAAUAGCUCCAACACCUCCUAUGAUGGCAAUGUGGAGAUUCUGUCACGCAAAACUAGAGGGAGCAUCGUAAGAGUUGAACCAGAAUAUGGACAGAUUAAAUACAUGUCCGUUCCCAAUACUAUGAUCUAUCAGAAUAAUUUGGCUUUAAAUCAACAAGUAGUCAGUGAAAGUGACAAUGAUUAGAGUAGUGACAAUUAAUCAUCAGAUUAAGAUGCCAGCAAAUUAAAAAGAUUAUAAACAAUUUCACAAACCAUAGAAGGCUUGAAAAGAAGAAAGAGUUAAAAGAAAACUUAUAAAAAGUGA